CGUAAAUCAAUAUUUUAUCCUUCAUCAAGAAAACGAUGCUUUAAAUGGAUAAAGCCCAAAGAUGCUUUUAAUACCGUCGUGUGCGUUUAUCACCUGACAGAGGCCGCUUGUUUAUUAUUACUAAUUACCGACAGCUAUCCAAAUUCGAUCUAUGCAGAAUUUUUUUGCUAUCUUUCAAGGCUUAUUGGUUAUUCUUUAGCAGUGACUGUUCCAAUUAGUUUAAUAUAUUCGACACCUGAGUCUCAAUUGUAUGCGAUAAAUUCUCGAUGGAAGCCAAAUGCUCGCCUUAAUAUUUUUGCAUUCUGGUUAAUUAUCACACCAUUUAUAACGAACGUACCAUUUUCAUUACUCACGGGCUAUUAUGCUGACAAGAACGAAGUCUUAAUCGCGUCACGUAUGUUAAUGUUAAAUUCCAUAGCUUGGUGUUUGUGGACUCUGCAAUUUGUGGUUAUUUUAUUAUAUGCUUACUACAACUUGGUCUUUAAUAUGCGGGGCUAUGUUGAUCAAAUGCGACGAAGAAACGCUGAUGAACUUAGAAUACAGGAACUACAAAUUACCAGAAAAAUCGUAAGACCAUCUUUAUUUAACGAUAUUAUUUGUUUUUUAUCAAAUCAAACUUCUGCUGAACAAACUUAUGUGAUACAAUCUUUAGAAAUGAAUCAAAUGACAACACAGAAGACGAAUGAUCAUGAAAAUGCUCGUACACCAAAGUCACAUCGCAUUGAUAAAAGACGAGAUUCCAUUGCUGAAGCUUUCAAACACUUCAUAUCAUCCUCAAAUAAUGAACCUACUUGUUUAGUAUCUGUAGGUGGGACAACAAUCGUAUCUGGACAAUUUGGACUUACAGACCAAACCGAAAUUCAUGAACCUGCUGAUAGUAUAAAUUGGCAAGAUACUAGAAGUGAUAAUUCUUUACAAUAUAAUGGAAGUAAUAGUAUAAUGAGAGCUUGGUUGAUAGAGAAACCGUUAAGAUGCGAUUUAGAUAAUAAAAAUGAAAAAAGCGAUUCACGUAAAAUAUGUAACAAUAAUUUAUGA